CCCCAGGGCGGCCCUUCACCUUUCAGCCCAAGAUGGCGGCGCCGGUGGCGAGGCGGGCUCUCGGCGUUGCCACGUUUAAAUGCGGCCUGCAGCGGUUCAGCGGCGAGGCCACAUCUGUCCCGAAGGUUGCCGACCGAGUCUUCUCUGGGAUUCAGCCGACUGGUGUGCCUCACCUGGGAAACUAUCUUGGAGCCAUUGAGAGCUGGGUGAGGCUGCAGGAUGGCUACAGCUGCGUUCUCUACAGUAUCGUGGAUCUGCACUCCAUCACGGUUCCUCAGGACGCCAGCACGCUCAGGCACAACAUUCUCGACAUGACAGCCAGUCUCCUGGCAUGCGGCAUCGACCCUGAGCGAUCAGUCCUCUUCCAACAAUCCAAGAUUUCGGAACACACUGAAUUAGCUUGGAUCUUGGGUUGUCUGACCAGCUUGCCACGAUUGCGUCAUUUGCCACAAUGGAAGAUGAAAGCCUCUGGUCAGAAGGAAGAAGGCAGUUUGGGUCUGUUUUCAUAUCCAGUGCUGCAGGCUGCAGAUAUUCUGUUAUACAAAGCAACCCACGUACCUGUUGGCGAGGAUCAGAUACAGCAUCUGGAAUUGGCACAAGAUAUAGCCCGGAUCUUCAAUAACCAAUAUGGAGGCUCCUUCCCUGUACCAAAAGCUAUUCUAAGUGACACUAAGAAAAUUAAAUCGCUGAGAAACCCUGCCACAAAGAUGUCAAAGUCAGAUCCUCAAAGGUUAGCGACGGUGUACGUCACUGAUUCAGCAGAGGAGAUAUUAUUGAAGUUUCGCAAAGCAGUGACAGACUUCACGUCUGAAGUGACGUAUGACCCGGACACACGCCCGGGAGUGUCGAACCUGGUAGCGGUGCACACGGCAGUGACCGGAAAGACCAUCCAGGAGGUUGUACAACAAAGCAAAGGGCUGGACACUGCACGCUACAAGUGUGUGGUGGCUGAGGCAGUCAUUGAGAAGUUUGCUCCAAUUAAGAACAAAAUUGAGAGACUGAGAGCAGACCGAGGUUUCCUCGAACAGGUUCUGCAUCGUGGAGCUCAAAAGGCAAAAGAGCUCGCUCGCCCAUUUUACCAUGAGAUCCAAAAGCUGGUCGGCUUCAGCUAAUCCACUCUGUGACUAAUCCAGCAUUAUGGCCAAUACUGUUUGCACUGGGUGCCUGGUGGUAGAUGUAAUCAAGUUGUUCAGAAUGGGUGCUCAGCAAUCAUGUAACGUACAUGAUUAUUCAUGUUCUCUUCACCCCACCCUGCUCUCUGCAACUUAAAACAGCUUCUGAUUUCUCACCCUUCCUAUUACUGAUGAGGCCAUCAACCUGAAAGGACACAAAGUGCUGGAGUAACUGAGCAGGUCUGGCAACAUGUCUGCAGAACGUGGAUAGGCGACAUUUCUUCAGACUGAAGAAGAGUCCAGACCCGAAACGUCACCUAUUCGCUUUCUCCACAGAUGCUACCUGACCCACUGAGGUGCUCCAGCACCUUACAUUUUACCGAAGAUUCCAGCAUCUGCAGUUCCUUGUGCCUGAGUGUUAAAGUACAGCAACUUAAAUGUUCUCAUGAUUUUGCCAUGACUUUGUGAGACAAUGCGGAGUGGUACUUAGUGCAGAAGAAGGUCACUUUGAGGGAGCCAUGUGAGCAUGCAGCAUCCCAGCUAACAUGACCAAGUAGCAAGUUAGAGUCAUACAGUGUGGAAACAGGUCCUUCAGCCCAACUUGCCCAUGCCGACCAUCUAAACAAGUACCACCUUCCUGCAUUUGGCCCUUAUCCCUCUAAAUCUGUCCUCAACUACCCCCUCCAGCAGCUCGUUCCAUACACCCACCAUCCUUUGUGUAGAAACGUUACCCCUCAUGUUCCUGUUAAAUCUUAACCCCCUCACCUUAAACCUAUGUCCUCUGGUUCUCGAUUCCACUACUCUGGGCAAGAGACUCUGUGCAUCUACCCGAUCUAUUCCUCUCAUGAAUUUGUACACCUCUGUAAGAUCCCCCUCAUCCUCCUGCGCUCCAAGGAAUAGUCCUAGCCUGCUCAGGUUGAGCUAAGAUCCUAGUCUAGGUUGUCUGCCCUCAGUUAGAAAAGGAGUUGAACCUAAUGGGAAUACAGGAAGAAAACCUGAUUGAAAUCUGAACCUUCUCUGCUGCAUAAUUGAGCUGCUUCAAUGAAAUAGGAAAAUGUUGGUGAUAACUGAAUAUUGCAAUGUAGAAUCAGUGUCUGAGGUGAAAUCACAAUACUUACAUGAACAUCACUGUAGCUGAGAAAUUAUCUUUUCAUCUCAAUACAGGAAUUAUUUCUUGCUGAUUGAAAUAUUUAAGUGAAUGUUAUCACAAGCAAUACUGAACUCUUCAUUUCAAAGUCUGAAGCAGGCAAAAGUAAAUAGAAGAAUGGUGGAUUGAAUGUGAAUUAUCCAGCUUGGUGUGAAGCAAAUAAAUCUGAUGAUGGAUAUAAAAUAUAUUUUAUUUUUCGCCAUCUCCACGCUUUAUGGCAGUAACCAUUGCUCCUUUAGACUUUAGAAACAUAGAAACAUAGAAAUUAGGUGCAGGAGUAGGCCAUUCGGCCCUUCGAGCCUGCACCGCCAUUCAAUAUGAUCAUGGCUGAUCAUCCAACUCAGUAUCCCGUACCUGCCUUCUCU